AAGUGGGUGAAUAGUAGUGGCAUACGAAUGGAUAAGUCUGGAUUUUUGCAAGUUGAUCUUACUAGGGUGGGGUACAAAGAUGAACCUUUUAUUCUAGCAUCUCAAGCUAAACAAGUGUUCUAUGUGAAUGACCCGAAGAGUACAAAAUGGUCUAUAGUGCUUUUCUCUAACAAAGUCACUGAUGAUAGCGGUGUCGAUCAAUGUGAUAUUGAUGUUGAGAAUGAGUCAUGCAUUAGACGGAAUGAGUUGAAUAGAAAUGAUGAAGUUGAUGAUCUUAUACCGGAUGAGUCAUAUAUAAGAAACGAUCAUAAUGAGGGAAUUUGGAUCAAUUCAUCCGUACGCAUUGCUAAGAAACAAGUGAUUAAUAUUCCAACAAAGAAAAGAAAGAGAUGUUAGUGACUUAGAUGGCUAGUAACGAGGAUCACCCACAUGGUGAUGAGACCGUUGGUGGUGCGGAAAGGGAAAUUAAACGUGGAAUAACGGUUAUGAAGAAAGUUAUUCGAGAUAGAGAUCGAGGCGUUUUAAUAAAAGUGCAUUGGAACGAAGGUGGACAACUAAUUGAGCCUAACGGUUCAACAUUGACAAGUUUUAUUGGUGCAUUGGUAAGGAAUGAAGUUCCAAUUACUUGUGAUAAUUGGAGAAAUAAACAAUUGAACGAAGCUAAAGACAAAAUAUGGAGUGAGAUAAAGAGGUGUUUCGACAUCGAAGAAAACAGAAGAGAUCAUUGUCUCAAAUUGGCCGGAAAGUUACUAAGAGGGUUUAGAACCUUUUUAUCAACCACCUUUCUUAGGGAUACGGAAGGUACUUUUGUUGAUGCAGAGCUUCCAUCUAAAUAUGCAAGUUUGAUUUCACCUAAAGAAUGGGAAACGUUUAAAUCCAAACGAAAAACCCAAGAAUUUAAGAGUGUAAGUGAAACAAACCGGCAAAGAGCAUCAAGUCCGGCGUAUCCCUAUAGAAAAGGGCGUGUUGGAUAUGGACGCUUAGAGCAGUCUAUAUUAACAAAGGAGAAUAGUUCUGAAACAUCUCUUCCGGCACAUGUUUUGUGGAAGGAAGCCCGUGUCGGUAAGGAUGGAAAGAUUAAAGAAGACGUUCAACAAAUAUUUGAGAAAUGUGAGACUCUAUCUCAAUCUAUAGUUCCAUAUGAAGACACUGAUUGCAGGAGCAUACUGAGUCGAGCAUUAGAUGUUCCCGAGUAUUCUGGUCGGGUGAGGGGCAAGGGAUUUGGGAUCACUCAAAAAUCCUUGAAUAUUAAAAAACAAAGACUCCUAGCAAUAAAGAACUGCAGCAAACUUUGGAAGCAUUAAAAGCUGAAGUUCUUGAAUUAAGAAAGGAAAGAGAAAGAGAUCGAGCAGCGGGUUUUAAAGAUACUAGUGACAAAGAUAGUAUCAAUUGUAAUUUUCAACCGACUAUUCCAGAGGGCAUUUCACCUUGUCACCUCUACUUAGCGAGACCGACUUAUCGGAUGGUUGGCAAGGGGAAAGUUCAUAACAAUUUGGGUGAAUUACUUCACACUAAACCGCUCCCUACUGGAUCUUUGAAAGUCUCGGUUGAUAUUGCUUUGGAGAAGGAUGCGUUAUUACCACAUCCUGACGAUGUUUCGGAUGCAACUUUAUUGGGAGAUGCCAUAGGUUCAUUUGUUGCAUGGCCGACAGACCUCAUUAUCGUAGGAUAUGAGACUCCCACAAAAUCCAAAGCAAAAGAUAAGGGGAUUGCGCGGGAAAUCGAGUCAGUUGCAUCGCAAAAAGAGAUUCCUGUUGCUAAGAAGACUGAAAUUUCCAAGAGGACCGGGGCUAAAAAGAAAAAUCCUUCCAAGUAUAGAGCGUGCCUCCAUACAUAUUUAGAAACGACAGAUAUUUCGGAUGGAUGUGUUCGUUUAAUACCUAUGGAUGGAGCUAUUUUUGUUUUGAGUAUGCCGAGCCAUUGGGUAAAGAGGAUUUUGAUCAAAUUUUGUAUCAUACGCAAUUAAGCGUUGGUGUUAUCAACACAUACAUGAGGUAUUUAUAUGACAAAUUGAUGGGUCCGCGUGGGUUGGAGCAAAGAUUCUCAUUCUUAAAUCCCAUGAAAACGAACUUAACCGAAAUGAUAAGAAAACCAGAUGAAGUCAGGAUG